AUGUCAGAUACUAAAGACAAGAAAACCAAUCCAGAACAGCCAACAAAGUUGAAGAAUUGCAAGAAUGUCACGGUGGCAUUCAAGCUUAAUGGAAAGAACUACCCAUUAUGGCCGAGACUCAUGAAAGUCAAGAUAGGAGGCCGAGGGGCCUAUUCGCAUAUCCGGAAAGAACCCCCAGAACCAGGGAGCAAAGGAUACGACGAUUGGGAAGAGGAUGACUUGGUGGUAUUUUCGUGGAUCGUCGACAACAUUGAGAACGAAAUCAUUGCAGAUUUCGCUCAUCACCAGACGACAAAGGCAUUGUGGGAUAGCUUGGCCAUAACCUUCGAAAACAAGGCCGACAAAUAUCUCAUCUACGACCUGGAGGAGAAAAUAAUCACGAUCAAACAAGGUAGUAUGGACUUGGAAACGUAUUACCGGAAGAUCCAUGGACUAUGGAUCAAUGUCGAUCGCUGCCAGAAGCAGCCAAUUACGUGUUGUGACAAAGGAGUCAAUCAAUACCGAACACACUCGAACGAGAAGCGGUUGUUCAAGUUUUUGGCUGGAUUGAAUCCAGAAUACGACUCGAUCAAGCGAGACAUCCUCAAGGAGGAACCCUACCGAUCAGUUGAAUCUGCUUACGGGUGGGUGAAGACGGAGGCGGCUCGACGCCAAAUCAUGCCACCGGCGUCGUCAUCCACCACCCGUGAAGCCAUCGGCGGAGACGCCGGAAAUACAUCAUCUGGGGACGGCAUCGGGAGCGGAUUUGUCGCCCAGAGUCAGCGCCCAGCGUACCGAAACGGAGGACCACCUCGCUCCACCGUCGCUGCCAACCGGUAG